GUCGUGCGAUUCAUAACGAGAGCAAUUGAAAACGUAAACGAAUUUUCAAUUUUUCGACAUGUGCGCGAAAAAAUGCCGCGACAUUGUCAAAGUCAAGUGUCUUCUUUUAUUUAUUAUUGGGGUUAUUUCUUCAAUCGGUCAUUGUCAAAAUGCAGUCGGAAGAAGAAGUAUAGAGAUAAAAACCAUAUUGGCAAAAGGGAAACCAUGGAACGCGUCUCCCGAGGGUGGAAGGACGCUCGAUGAAGAGGCGGCCCUUAUGGACCAAGAAGUUGAAGCAGAAACGGAACUAGUGCCUCGGGGUGCCGGAAAUAGGAAUGGGAAUUUUCCUCCCGACUCUACGACGAUACCACUCAUCGUGAGGCCGAAAGAUGUUAACAAGGACGGUCAUGUUAAACAACGCGUUAACAAGUCGAGGAUGAAUGGUGCCGAGGUUGUUCGUGUUGGUAACGAAAUGAAAAAUACCCGGGCGCAAAUUAAGAAAGGACCGGACUCUGUGGACGACAUCGCGGAAAAUGAGAUUAAAAGACUCCAAGGACGAGCUGAACGAAUGAGAAAGUACCGUGGACAGCACCGACGAAAGCGGAAGUACCUGGAGAAGAACUCAAAUAGGGAGAGGAAAAUUCGUAAGAAUAAAAAAGAAAGGAGCGGAAGAGGUAGACGACGAAAACCGAGACGAAGGAAGAAUGAUAAUAAUCCAAGUCGUCUCUUCUUUAGUGGCUUAAGGUUUAACGAGACCAACAUCUUUUUAGACCAACUUCCAAAUGUAACUCCUAAUAAGCACAAAGACAUGGAAUUAAGAAGAGGCGAACAUGUCGAGGAGAUUCCCCUUCAUAAUCAAACAUCAACAACAUCGAACGUUCAAGUGCAACUGACAACCGAAGCAAGAACUCCACUUCCACUAGAGCCAACAAAGCAUUAUCGCAAUAGCGACACCAGCGACGGUACAGUUGAAAAGGAAUUUUCCAAAUAUCUCGAGAGAGAAAUUUCCAAGUCAAAAUUGGAGAAUCUUCCAUAUCUUGAAACAUACAGUGACGAUAAAUUAUUGUCACUGAAGAAAAGUGAAUAUCCCGAGACAUUGAAUAAUGAAAUAAAAAUGCUCAACGAUCAACGGCAAAUUGAAGCGCAAUAUCGCGUUCCAAAGCCAAGUGGUUAUGAAAGUCCUCGAUUUGAUGUGCAAAGUAUGUUGGGCUAUUCGAGAACUGAGGAGGAUUUGCCAAUUUUGGAAAUGGAGAAAGAAGUUCUCGAAAGAACGAUGCAGGAUUACAACGCUUAUAUAGCCUCGAACUUAUUGGCUGGGAAAUUGACUAGCUACCGGAAGCAGCCAAUCAUGGCUGACGGUAAUGAAUUGACGGGUGGAAAAGAGUCGGAAAAUCCGACAGACGAGGACGAAAGUUCAUUCGAGGAGGCGAACGAUGAAGAAAUCAAUGGCGAUUUGUCCUGUAUUAAUGGAACGUUUCUACCUGCUCCUCUAGUUUCGCACGCGUUGAUCAAAUACGUCAAAUCUUCGAUCCCAGGACAUGAGUACCUUGAAGCUGACUAUGAAUGUACUCCUGGAUUUUAUAUGGCUUGGAACGUAAGUAGAUUACUCUGCAAAAAUCGUCGAUGGGUCGGUCAAGAGCCAAAGUGCAAGGUCAGGCAAAAUUUUGACGGACUGUGCGCUCAAUCUCACUGCGAGCAAUUUUGCAAGGAAAUCAACUCGGAGGCUGAAUGUUUUUGCAGAGAGGGAUUCAAAUCAGAAGGCAAAAAAUGCAAAGAUAUUAAUGAAUGUGAAGAGGACAACGGAAAUUGUGAAUUCAAAUGCGAAAAUACAGAAGGGUCGUAUCGUUGUGAAUGUCCCGAGGGGAUGACGCUAGGAGAAGAUAAAUACACUUGUAAAGAUAUCAACGAAUGUGUUACAAACGAGGGACACGGUCCAUGCCAGGAUACGUGUCAUAAUCUUGUCGGCGGUUAUGAGUGCUCCUGCGAAGGACUUCCGGGAACAAUUUUAUCCACCGACGACAACCAUACGUGCCACGAUGCCGGUCCAUGCAGUAUCCGUAACGCUGGAUGUUCGCAUACGUGCAUUUCAACAAUGGGACGGGUCUUCUGUUUGUGUCCAGAUGGUUUCAUGCUCGAGGACGACUGGAAAACUUGUCAAGAUGUGAACGAAUGUGCAGUGCCAGACCUUCAAACGGAAGUUUGCCAUUACGGAUGCAUCAACACACCUGGAUCUUAUCGUUGCGCUGAACCCCAGGAACUGAAAGAUCAACCUAUUGCUGUAGACUUGCCAAAUAGUUGUCUACCCGGUUAUGAACUUUCAAACGAUGGCUCCUGUCUUGACAUAAACGAGUGCGCCAAAGGCAAUGGUGGGUGCAAUGAAGUGUGCGAGAAUACUGCUGGCAGUUUCUUCUGCGCCUGUGAUGGCGAUGAGAGAAUUUUGUCUUCAGAUGGAAAAUCCUGCAGUGAUAUCAGCUUUUACUCGUGCCCACCUUUAAAUCCCGCCGGGCAUGGGUACUUGAUGUGCUCCCUGACGGCGUCCUCAAAAUCGUGGAAAGACAAGCAGAGAAACAUCAAUCCACCAGGAACUAAAUGUUUUCUAAAAUGUCCCGCUGGCUAUCAACUUCAUGGGGAAUAUGAAUUGACCUGUCGACCUAAUGGCACUUGGGAUGGUCCAAAACAUGGUGAAUGUGUCAGAUAUAGUAAGCCACGUUUAGAUUGUCCAGCAGAUGUUACUGCUGAACUAUCGCCGGGUCGAGAUGAAGCAUUUGUGACGUUCGAUCAACCAUCAACGGAUUUAGAUUGGUUUCGAUAUGUUCGUUCUAAGCCAACUUGGGGCACCAGACUGGAAGCUAAUCUAAAAUUGGGUGUUCAUGAAGUCACAUUCUAUGCUCGGCAUCCUGUCUCAAAGAAACAAACCAGCUGCACUUUACGAAUCACCGUCACAAAUGGCGAAGCACCAAAAGUGAAAAAUUGUCCAAGUGAUAUUGAAGUUUCAGGGAAAAAUGGUUCAGCUGUUUCUUGGGAGGAGCCAAUUUUCACGGACAACGUCAAGGUCAUGAAAAUUCACAGUAAUGAGAGUCCAGGACGCUCUUUCAGUAUUGGGGGGCAUAAAAUUGAGUACGAGGCCAGCGACGAGGCAGGAUGGACGACGAAGUGCAUCUUUACCGUUGUAUUACGUCAGGCGUAGUUGAGAAGUGUAAAUGAUGAAAUUGGAGAACACGUGACUCGGUACAGCCGCGAAGGAGAUGCAGAAGUGACUAACGAUAACAACACAGUUUAACA